UCUAUUGCACAUGUGUUUUUGUUGAUGCUGGUUUGUUAUUUUGUUAUUUUCUAAAUUAAAACCUUUUUCCGGCAUAGAAAUGAGUGCCCUUGCAGAUGAGACCAUAGUCUGCCUGCCGGGAGAACGUCUCUGCAGGACCGAGGACAACAUAGUUUUGGGCAUAGGUACCUACGAACAGAAUGGCUAUAUUUACGCCUCCAAAUCGGGAAUCGUGAACAUUGAUGAUUCGGGAGAAAACUGCCAGGUGGUGAGUGUUCACAAACCAGGCUUCCAUCUGACCAUCCCAGCUACCGGAGACGUGGUCACAGCACGCGUCCUUGUCACAACUCCCAAGUUUGUCAAGUGCGCCAUUUUCUGUGUGCGGAAUGUCCUGCUGGAGAGUAGCUACCGCGGACUCUUGCGCAAGGAGGAUGUGCGCGAAACUGAGAAGGAUCGGGUGGACAUCUACAAGUCGUUCAAGCCUGGCGAUGUGAUCCUGGCCCGGGUCAUUAACCAGCUGGAUCAAUCCUUCCUCCUGACCACUGCCGAAAAUGAACUCGGCGUUGUUAUCGCCUAUGCCAGUGAUGCCCGAAAGACCCGAGUUCCCAUGGUUCCGGUUGGCUGGAGCGAGAUGCAGUGCCCCCAGACCACGAUCAAGGAACCUCGAAAAGUGGCUAAAGUCCUGCCAGAAAGUUCAAUAAACGCUGUGAAAUAAGCUCGAUCGAAUGAUAAUCAAAAUAUACAUAUUUUUAACUCAA